UUGAGCAGUGUGCUUCCUAUGUCAACAUGCUGCAGUUGCACAGUUGAAGCAAACUUUAAGUAUUUUAUAUUUUUAUAACUGCCGCUGUUUUGUUUGUGUCUGCGGGUAGUUAUGGCUCAGGAAGUCUGCUGUUUGAAGGCUCAGCUCAAGGAGAAAGAAAAGGAGAUUGCUGCACUGAAGAAGAAAUUGGCACAAUUGGAAAAGAGCCAUCCCACCGUCCUGGAGCUGCAUGACAAAGUGACGCCUCUAACCCCGCUGACAUCCAACCCAGCUCUCAGCAACGAGGACAUCAUGCGCUACAGCAGACAGCUCCUUCUGCCUGAUCUGGGUGUGCGAGGCCAGCUAAACUUAUCCAAGACUUCAGUGCUGAUUGUGGGCUGUGGUGGACUGGGCUGCCCCCUGGCACAGUAUCUUGCAGCAGCAGGCAUUGGGCGCCUUGGCCUCUUAGACUAUGAUGAAGUGGAGCUCAGUAACCUGCACAGACAGGUGCUUCAUGGGGAGGAGAACCAGGGCCAGGCCAAGGCUCUGUCUGCUGCCAAUGCAGUUAAAAGGCUAAAUUCCACCGUAGAGUGCAUCCCCUACCACCUGCAGCUCUCGUCGGACAACGCCGUGCAGCUCAUUCAACAGUAUGACAUCGUGGCUGAUUGCUCAGACAAUGUCCCCACUCGCUAUCUGGUGAACGACGCCUGCGUGCUCAGCGGCAAGCCUCUCGUGUCAGCAAGCGCAUUGCGAAUGGAGGGGCAGCUGACAGUAUAUAACUACCGUGGAGGCCCCUGCUACAGAUGUCUGUACCCAUUACCUCCACCCCCAGAGACAGUGACCAACUGCUCUGAUGGAGGGGUGCUGGGAGUGGUUCCAGGAAUAAUGGGCUGCUUUCAAGCUUUGGAGGUCCUCAAGAUUGCCUCUGGACAUGGCUCUUCCUGCGGCCAGCAGCUGGUGAUGUUCGACGCUCAAGAUGCCAGAUUCAGGUCGAUCAAGCUGCGGCCGAAACAGCCCGGCUGUGCAGUUUGUGGAGAGAACCCCAGUGUGACCCAACUGGUGGACUAUGAGGCCUUCUGUGGCUCUGCUGCCACUGAUAAGUGCCUCAAACUUAACCUCCUGUCCAAAGAUCAGAGGAUCACAGUACAGGAUUAUAAAUCAAUAAUGGACGACGCGGGGCCCCAUCUCUUGCUGGAUGUGCGCCCUCUUGUGGAGGUGGACAUAUGCCAUUUGCCCUCCUCUCUCAAUAUUCCACUCUCAAGUUUACAGGAGAGGAAGAGUGAACAUCUCCAGUUACUUCAGGAAAGAAUCAGCGAAUUGAAACAGCAGAUGGCAGGUGACUGCCGGCCUCCAGUUUAUGUGAUCUGCAAGCAGGGCAAUGACUCACAGAAGGCCGUGCAGGUUCUGGACAAGAUGAGCGGAUCAGAAGUGGACAACAUCGCAGUAAAAGACAUCAGCGGAGGCCUCAUGGCUUGGGCUAAGAGAAUAGACCCCACAUUUCCACAAUAUUAAUGCAUUUUUAAACCUCAUUGUGUCAAUAAACUCUGUAUCCUGUCA